AUGAAGAAGAAGAAGGUGAGGACUGCCUCUGGUGUUGCUGUGUGUGCAAUAGUGGUGAUGACACUGCUUGUGAUGGAGGUGAUUCCGAUAACAGAGGCAGUGACAUGCAGCCCUGUGGAGUUGAGCCCAUGCUUAGGGGCAAUCACUUCAUCUUCACCACCAUCAAGCACAUGUUGUCAGAAAGUGAGGGAACAAAGGCCAUGCCUUUGUGGUUACCUCAAAAACCCAAGCCUGAGGCAAUAUGUGAAAUCCCCUGGUGCCAUAAGGGUCGGUAGUUCUUGUGGGAUUCCCUUCCCUACUUGUUAA